UCGAACCAUCUCAAACACAUCUUAGCCUUUCAUUUGUCAAUCCAACGGCUCACUUCAGUCGGUGUAGUGGAUUUCAUCAUAAACCCUAGCGCGCCACACCCCGCUCUACAAGCUCACUGCUUCUCCCUCUCACAGGAUUUAUGUGAAACCGAGAACCCAAUCGAUCUCUUUUACCCUUUCAAUCCACAGAUCAUAACUUCUUCGACUUCUUUUUCAUCUCUUCUUUUUCUUCUUGUUGUUUUCGAUAUUUAUUAUAUUUGUGAUGUUCGAAUCCUUCUGUGAUGUUGUCGUCGUGUUGUUUUAGGAUUUUAUGUGAAUGAUUAUUUGUAUUUAUUAUUUAGUUUUCGUGGCUUGACUUGGAUUCUGACUCGGGAAACAACUGAGUAUAACUUCUAUUUCGGUGUGAAUGUCGAGUUUUGUGAUGUUUUGUAUUUAGAUGUGCUGGAGAAACCGACCCGGAAGGAGAUUUUCGAGCUGGGAGAGGUUUUGUACUGAGUCAGAUCGGAGCGAGUGAAGCUUUAUAACUCAGUUAUUCGAGGAAGAUCAAGUCAGGUAGAGUUGGGCGUUUCCAGAACCGUACGGCAAUGCCGUCGGUGGGUAUGCGACGGACUAGGGUGUUCGGAGUGGUAAAGGGAGCCGAUGGAGCCCGCGUUCUACGUUCUGGUCGUCGGUUAUCGUCCGACUUUGGUCACUGGUAUCAACAAUCUUUGGUCAAAAAGAAUAGUGGAAAUGGGCUUGGUGGGCUUAAAUGCAAGCCCAACGGGUGGACGCAUGUGGAGAAAAUUAACUUUAAGCAUGUGGAAGAACGAGAAGGCGAAGAGACAGACUCUACUGAGAUUAUUAAGAAUGAGAAAGAAACGAAAGUGUGCAAGAAAGUCAAAGAAGAAGAAGAAGUAAAAGAAGUGAAAGUUAUGGACAAGAUGUUUGGGAUAGUGUAUAGGAGAAAGAGGAAGAGACUUGGUGGUGAAAGUAGUGAGCUUUCGAGUGAUAAAAUGUAUGGGAUUCGGUUUCAGCGUAGAACAAGGAGGAAAAAUCUUGAGGAUAGUGGCGUUGAUAGUGAAAGUAUGGAGGGAUUUGUGAGGGACGAUGAAGAACUUGGAGGGCUUCGUGUGUUUGGUAUUGGUUUGGAUAGUUCUUGUAUUGGUUGGAGUAAUUGGUUUGCUUGUUUUGUGAUAUUGGUUUUGAGGUACAUGGAAAAGGCAAGACUUGAGUUGCAUGAGCUCGCGUCAUUUUUGCUUUCACAACCGAUCAAUGAAGUGCUUUCUUUGCAUGGAAUUCGAUUUUUGUGGGAUCCUCCCAUUGGUGUUGCUGGUAUGUUCAAGCUUUUUGAGGCCAUGCAAGUCAUGCCUCUGUUUUCUGUGGAUUUUUCCGCUGUACCGUCUUGUUUUAUGUACAUUCAUUGCAGUAUGCAUGUUAGAUUAAAGCGCCUGCCACCUGUACUUGUAAAUAAUUUGGUGUAUUUGGACUCCAAUAAUGAAAUAAUGUCCAGGAUCAGAAGCUACCAAUCUUACGAGUCUUCUGAUGAUGAUGUAGAAUAUGUAUGGGAGACCAAAACUAUGGUGCCUGUAGUUGAUAGUGCAGUGAAAUGGGUGACUUUACAUCCUUCUGUCAGAGCUUCUAAAUUAUCAGGGCGAAAUGGGCAGUAUAGAAAUGCUCUGAAUUCACGCACAAUUCAGAAAAGGAGGAGUUCAUUGAGGAGGAGGAGAGCUAGGAAUCCUUCUCUUGGUGGUGCACACAAAGGUAGUGGAACUUUAGUUUCUGAUUUAGUUAGUAGGAAAAAUGUGAUAUCCUUCUCUUCUGUAGUGUCCAAAAAUAAGCUUAGGAGUUCAAUUAGGAGUAGCCCUACAUCAAGAUUCAAAGAAUUCAAUUCCGAAAAGGAUGAAACACGGCAAGACUUGGUUCCAAAUUGUUGCUCUGCUAGUAUAUUGGUUAUAGAUUCAGACAGAUGUUACAGGGUAGAAGGAGCCAGUGUCAUGUUAGAAAUGUCUGCGUCAAGAGAGUGGCUUCUUGUAGUAAAGAAAGAUGGAGUAACAAGAUAUAACCACAGAGCACAAAAAAUUAUGAGGCCCUGUUCAUCAAACCGUGUCACCCAUGAUAUUGUAUGGAGUGGGGAUGAUAAUUGGAAACUAGAGUUUCCAAACAGACAAGACUGGUUAAUAUUCAAAGAUCUUUAUAAGGAAUGUUCUGAUCGCAAUGUGCAUGCCCCUGUAGCCAAGGUUAUCCCAGUUCCUGGGGUUCGAGUGGUUUCAGGUUAUGAGGAGAGUAUUACCGUGCCAUUUCGUCGACCAGAUUCAUAUAUCUCUGUUAGUAAUGAUGAGGUAUCUAGAGCUUUGACUAAGAGGACUGCAAACUAUGAUAUGGAUUCUGAAGAUGAAGAAUGGCUAAAGAAGUUCAAUAAUGAGUUUUGCACGGAAAAUGAACUUAAUAACCAUGUUUCGGAGGAUAAUUUUGAGUUAAUGGUUGAUGCCUUUGAGAAGGCUUACUUUUGUAGUCCUGAUGAAUACUCUAACGAGGAAGCAGCAGUUAGUCUUUGCUUGCAUCUGGCUAGGAGGGAAGUAGUGCAAGCUGUGUAUAUUUACUGGGUGAAGAAACGGAAGCAGAAGCACAUAGGGCUACUUAGGGUUUUCCAGCAAGUGAAAAAACCUUCUUUGAUUCCAAAGCCUGCUCUACGAAAGAGAAGAUCAUUCAAACGGCAGGUUAGCCAAUUGGGAAGAGGCAAACAAUCUGUGCUCAUGCAAGCAAUUUUAGUUAAGCAAGAUGCCAUUGAAGAACAGAAUGCUAUAUUUAGAGUUGAGGAGGCUAAAGCCUCAGCUAAACAAUCUGUCGAAUCAGCAGUCAGUAAACGUCAGAGGGCACAACUGCUCAUGGAAAUUGCAGAUUUGGCAACUUACAAAGCAGCUAUUGCACUUAAAAUCGCUGAAGCUGCUGAAGUAGCGGAAUCAGCAGAGGCUGCAGCCGUGCAAUUUUUAGAUGGAGAGGCAUAGCUAUUAACAUUUGUGGUGCUAAUUUGGAAUUAUAAAAUUAUUGAUAGCUGAUUGCUGAAGUUGAUCUACUGCCUCAGCAUGGCUGUUUUUGAAGCUGUUGGAGGACAAUCCAUGAAGAGGAAACGAAGUGCUGUAAUCUUGUAUAGAUUUUUGAUUGAUUGAUGUACAUUCUGUAAUCUGUAUUAUUAUUGUUGUCUCUCACCAAAUAUUUUACAAGGGGAUUUAGUUUAUAUCCUUGACAAAAAAUUUGGAAAAAAAAAAAAAAAAAAGAGAAUUAUGACAAAAAGGAAAAAGGGUUUCUAGCUUCUGCCUUGGUUGAGAUAA